AGUCAUGAUCCGAUGAACCAGUCACCGUUUUGAACCUUGGAUUGCACGCUGAACCAAAACCGGUGAAUGAUGGUUGAGGUCUUGGGUCUAUCUCAAGCCCAGCUCUCUUGUCUUUCAAACAAAGGGGAAAUCUAGCAAAUCAAAAAGCUCUAUCAAUUUGCAAAUCACCACUGAAAUUCCACGAUUCACUUUUCACACUCCAUUUCCACUCGAAUCUCAAAAUAUUCUGUGACAAAUACUUGUAAUUUAUACUAUAUAGCAAUGGAAGAGAACAAGAAUUCACCGAAGAAGGAGGAUAAAGAGCCCCACGAGCAAGAUACUGAACAGUAUCAUGAAUCUAGGGCAGAUAAAUCACCCUCACCGCCACCGCCUGAACCUAAGACCAGAGGAGGAGGCUGGGGAGGCUGGGGUUUCUCUGCUUCUUCCGUUCUCGCAGAUCUCCAGAAGGCUGCUGAAGAGAUCUCACGCAAUGCUUCAGUGGUUGCAGAGAAGGCAGCAAAGAGCAUAGCAGAAAUACAAAAUGUUGAUGAGGAUUCCGAAUCCACUAAGGGGGAGGAAGAGCAAGAAGAAUCUGAAAGUGAUAAGGAUACUGAAGCUGAAGAUGAGACUGAAAAAAUACGGAAAUCUGCUUUAGAUAAAUUGGAGAAUGCAAGUGAGGAUUCCUUACUAGGCCAGGGUUUGAAGGUUCUUGAUCACUCUGUAGAGAAUUUUGCGUCAGGAGCAUGGCAAGCAUUAGGAAGUGCAUUGAAAGGGGGCACCAAUCUUGUCCAAAAAAUUGAGCAUUCAGCUGUGAACAUUGCUGAAUCAAUUCAACAUGGUAACAUACCAGGAGGAGCUGGUUCUGUAGCACCAUCCUUACUACAGACUGGAAAAGCUUUUACUUUCAAGGGAAUGCAAGUGCUUGAAUAUGUUGGCAAGGAGACCAUGGAUCUGCUGAUCACAGAGACUGGUAUUGAAGUUGAGAAGAAUUCUAAAGACAUUGAAAGAGAAGCUGAUGAGGAUCAGUUACUUGAGGAAGUAACAUUUGAUCGAUGCUUCUAUAUAUAUGGCGGUCCUGAACAGUUGGAGGAGCUUGAGGCAUUGUCCAGCCAUUAUGCCCUCUUAUUUAACCGGAGAAAGGCAAAAUUACCAUUGGAACAGAAGUCUGUAUAUGACGGAAAGCUUAAACUUGUUCAGCAAUUGUUCAAUUUGAGUAUUGAAAUGGAUGACAAUGAUAAUGAGUCCAACAAAGGGAAGAAAAUAGAGACUGGAACUGAAGGAAGUAGCUAUGAGAUUAAAAGUUUACACGAUUCAAGUGUCAACAAAGCUGCUGACAUGGCUGCAGGGUUUACAAGUGCUCUAGCAGGGCUUAAUGCAAAUGACAUAGUGCAAAGAACUGCUGGGAGAUUAGAAGCUCUUCACUCAGAGGGGGUUCAUAGGCUUUCUGAAAUGUGUAGCUCAGCAGUGUCUCAACUUCUGAUGCUCGGAAAAUCCAUCAUAUCCAUUGCUAACAAAAUGCAGGAAGAAGAUGUUGAUGGGGAUAUCUUGAACAUUGACUGGCCUGAAGAUUCUGUUGAAAAAGCUAAGGUAAUCCGAACAAAGGCACAAUCCAUGGCAGGAUAUGUUGAAGCAGUUUGCAACAGUUUUAUAACAGGCAUCUCUGAUGUGGCUGAGGCUUAUGUAGCUGCCAUGAAGAGUGCCACCGCAGAUUCCCAUGAUAAUCUUCCAAAGACACCAAUCAAAGAAAAAGCCAAUACUUUCUCUCAACUUAUCCGGACUGACCAGACCACUGCAGUGAGCAAAAUCCAGGAUGGGUUACAAUACUUGUCAUAUGUAGUCAUUUCCACAUCUAUGCCAUCUGCCUGAGAAAUACUUGCACUGAUGCACUUUCAUAUCUUUUCAAUCACAUUUGUAAAAGUAGCUGUUCUAUUUUAGGGCAUUCUGUCUGAAAAUGAACUUGAAAAAUUUAGAUGAAACUGCUUGCUUUAGAUGUUUCUAGAGCUGUUCAAUUUGAAUGAUGUUUACAAAUAGGAAGCAGUUUAUUUCCCA